AUGAUAUAAAUAUUUUAUCUUUUAUGUCUAGCAUUGAGCCAAGAGGAUGAGAAUCAAAGAAGAUAUUUGUAAUUAGGGGAAUCAGUGCAAGGGUAUAAAGAAACAAUAUUUUAGAUUUGUUUCACCAAGAACAUAGAAUCAUCAUGUGUAUUUAUUCAUUGUUCCUGAAAUACCAAAUUAAACAGAUCUUGUAGUUUAGCUUAAGACUUUGAAUCCUAAUUCAGAUCCAAAUUUAUACAUUUCAAAAAGUGUAUAAGAACCAUUAACAGUUUAAGAUGCUGAUGUAUAAGUAUGUGAAGCCUAAGGAAUGGGUAAAAUUGUUGUUGAUAAUAGAAAUCUGUGUAAUAAAUAAUGAAAAGAUUAAGGAAAAUGAUAUCUUAUACAUUUCAGUAGUGUCUCGUUUUCCAAGCAGAUAUAUUUUAAGAAUAGAAUAAGAUUAGGAAUAAACACUAAUGAUAGAGAGCUUUUUAACUUUUAAAUUAACAAGAGAUAAAUAAUCUUAAAUCAUAGAUUUUACGAUACCUAAGUUGGUGGAAUAAUAAACAGAGAUAGAAAUAAAUGUUUAAGUGGUUAAUUAAGAAUUUUUAGAAGAACCAUUUUAAGUUUUUAUGAAUAAAUAUGAGAAUGGACCUCCAGACAAUAAUAAGUAUGAUUAUAAAGCUACUGAUACAUGGGAUAACUAAAAAGUCAUUGAAUUUACUUAAACUAAACCAUUUGAGUAGUAUAGAAUCCUAAUUCAAGGUGAAUAGGGGGCAGUAUUUAGAGUGAUGGCAUCUCGAAGAUAGAAAUUGAAAAUGUUAAAUUUCUAUGAAACUAUUACAUAAGUAGUUGAGAAAGGAGACUUUGAUUUCUAUCAAGUGAAUAAUUAUUUUAGUAGUUUUAAUUGCGAUAUUGUAUAUUAUUGGAUUCAUAAUUAAAUUAGGCAAUUAGAUUAACUCCAUUUAAGGGUUAUGCGAAAUUGUUUGUUCAUUAUAAUAAUUAACCACCUCUAUUAGAGAGUUAUGAAUGGUAAGAGGAGAAUAAAGAAGGAGAGAUAAUCUAUAUUACUUAAUAAGAAUUAAUUAAUAAAAAUAUAUCAAUAACAAGUUUUUAUAUUGCUGUUAUGGGUGAAGAAUUAUGUACAUAUGAAUUAUAAGCUACAUGUUAAUAUGGGGAUUAUAUUAUGCCUGGUAGUAUUCAUUAGAAGUUUGUAUAAGAAUAAGAAAUAAUAAGAUUUGAUAUAUUUGAUUAUAGAAAUGAAGGUCAUUAAAUAUAAGUUAAUUUACAUACACUUUAGGGAAUAAUAAAUUUUAUUAUAACUAAUUGUAAUGAUCAAUAGUUAUGUUCUUAUUAAGAAUUAUUUAAGAAUUAAGAAAAGUAUGAAUAAAUGACAACAUAUACAAUGAUAUAUUUAAAUAAAAAGUAAGAAGCUUAAUAUAUAUUAAAUUGUGAAAGCUUUUGUUCAUAUUAUAUAUUAGCUAUGCUUGAUAAUAAUAGUAAAUAAACUGGUAAGUUUACGAUUCAAUAUAAAGUAAUUGAAAAAACAAUGAAUUUAAUAUCAAAUACACCUCAUAAAUCAUAAGUAGAGAAAGCUUCAUAUUAGAAUUAUAAAUUUUUUGUUUCUGAAGAGGAUUAAAUACGUAGAUUGUAAUUUUUAGUAACUCCAAUAUAAGGAGAUUUGACUAUGUAUUUAUCAACUGUAUAUUAAUAACCUAAUGAAUAGAAUUAUGAAUAUAAAUCAUAAAAUAAUUCAAUUAAUUUUGGAGGUAGAUUUGCUAAUUAACCUCAUUCAGGAACUUAUUAUUUAUCAAUUUAUGGUGAAUCAUUCUCAAAAUAUAUAAUAACAGUUUGGGUUAUCAAAAAUUUCUAGGAUUAUUAGUAAUUAGGGAAAUUCCCAUGGCAUUAUAUUUAAUUGUAUUAAGGAGAUUAACAUGAACAUUACUUAGUUAAUGAAGAAUUUGUUUUAUAUAAAAUAGAUCUAAAAGGUUAUGGUCAAAAAUAGUAAGAUUCAUUGAAUGUGAUAUUGUAAAAAGAAUAUGGAUAGUUUUAGAUAUUUGGAUUUGAUCAUCCUGAAACAGAUGAAUCAAAAGCAAUAUGGUAAAGUGGAUAAAUUAUUAGUAUUUUGAAUAAUGAUAUUAAAUAUCCAGAAAUUCUAUAUUUGAAAAUUAGAUUAGAAUAAAUAUAAGAUAGUUUUGGUAGUUUUAGAAUUGCUUAUUAUAGUUAUAACUAUAUAAUUGAUUUAUUUUUGGAUGAACCCUUUUUUAAUUUCUUAUCUUCUAAUAAUUUGUAGAAUUUCAGAUAUGAAUAUGGCAAGAAAGAAGUUUUUGUGAUUUCUAAAAGAUCUUUUGAAUUUGAUUAAUCUUCUUUAUUAAUAGAUUUCUAACCUUAAUUUGGUUUAGAUAUAAGAUAUUAUUAAAAUAAUAGUACUAUUGUUGUUUAGUAAAAUGAAGAAAAUUAUUGUUUAAAUUAAUAAAAUAUGUGUUCAGAAUAUUUUUAGUUUUAUAUCACAAGUAAAUUUGAUACAUUUUAUUCAAUAUUAAUCUCAAAAAUUGAUAAAUCUGAAAUUUAACUUAAAGAAGAUUAACCAAUUACAAAAGUAUUACCAAUAGGAGAGGAUUACUUUUAUUUAUAUUGUUAAGGUUAAGAGGUUAAUAUAUUAGCUUUUAGUUAUUAUGGAGAAUUAACAAUAUUUGCUAAAAUAGUUACAACUUUGAAUUCUACUUAACCAAAUCCUAAUGAAUAUGAUAAAGUUUCUAAAAAUCGUAAAGUUAGUUCUUAAGCUUCAAUAUACUUUUCUUAAGAUGAACUUAAAAAUUUUAAUUGUAUUGAUAAAUGUAUAAUCAAAAUAACAGUUGUUGUUCUUAGAAAUUAAAUGGUAGAUAUUAAUAGCAAUUUCUAUGAUUAUACAAUUUAAUAUAAUUCAAAAUUGAUAAUGUUAAGAGAAUCAGAAAUCUAAGAAGGAUUACUAAUAUAAAAUGGAUAUAAAUUCUAUAAAAUACAUGUAAACAAUAAUGAUACUAAUCUUAUGAUUAUGCUUAAACCAGAUGUUAAUUGUGAUGCAGAUUUAAUAGUAUCUAAAUCUAAAUUUCCUAAUCAUAAUUAUUUUGAUUGGGGAUCUUUUGAUCUAUAUAGUGAUGUACUUAUUAUUGAACCUGGUAAUAAUAUUGAUCCUAAUUUACCUGGAGACUAUUAGUAAAAUAUUAAUUAUAUUAAUUAGUGUUGGAGUUCAUGGUUAUUAGGAAUGUUAAUUUGCAAUUUAAUAUCAUCUAAAAAAUGUUGAGGCUUAUGAUAUAUUCCAAAAUUAACCAUAUAAAUUGUAAUUAUUUAUUAUUACAAUAGUUUUGUUGGUUCAAAUUAUACAGUCUUUUUAAAAUUACAAUCAUAUCAAUAAACAACACCAUUUAUGAUCUUUGUAUAAUCACAUUCUGAAACAGCUUAUUUCUAUGUAGAUGAAACUGAUCAAAUAUCAGCUAAAUUUAAUUCAUAUAGUCAAGAUAUAACAACAUUUAAAUAUAAUAAUUUUGGAAGAGGUUAUUAAAAAUAUUUUACUACUGAAUCUUUAAAAUAAGAUAAUGUUUUAAUAAUAGCACUUAAAACAUAUACAUCUGAAAUUGUUACAGUUUAAGUUAAUAAUAAUGAGGAAGAAAUAUUUUUAGAAUCUCAAACAUUAUUCUAAUAUUCACUUGAAAAUAACAAAACAGUUAUAUUUACUCUUAAUCCAAAUAGUGAAUAAACAAUACUUUAAAUUAAUUUAUUCAGUGGCUCACUUAUUUGUACCUAUUCUUUUGAGAGUCUCUACUAAUAAAAUAAUUUUAGUACUUUAAUUUUACUUAAUAUUCGACCUGAUAAUUACAAUAAUACAUUUAAUAUAACAAAUUAAAAAGAAUCCUAUUUGAAAAUUAACUUUGAAGCCAUUUACAGUUCUUAUUUUAGCAUUUAAUAUUUUACAGAGAUUGACCAAAUGGAUUAUAUUUAGUAAAUAUAUCAUAUAAUCUAGUUCAAUUUAUCCUGUAUUUUUUACACUUAAAGCUUAAAGUGAAAAAGAGAUGUAUUACUUAAAUCAAGAAAUUUCUCCAUUAAAUAAUACAUCUAAGACAUUUAUAAUUUCCAUUUAAGUUUAACAAAAUUAUAAUGAUAUACUAACCAAUUAAAAAAAUAGAGCUCUACCAUUAAUUAAAGUUUAUCAAAAUACUACAUAAUUAUAAUUGCUACCUAUUAAAUAGACAGUAUUAUCUAAUUUGAUCUAAAAUGAAUAUAUAGAUAUUGAUACCACAUAUAAGAUUAUAUUAUAAAAUUAAGCUCAAUUUGAACAAUACUAUUAAAUUUAAAUUGGAACUUCAGAUCUUAGACCAUUAAUACCAAAAAUUAAAUAACUUGGAACAAAUUAAUUAUAUCAAAGUUCAUAUUGGGCUUUAUAAUAGAAUUUUGGAUAUCUCUUUUAUGAAAUGUAAUUUUGUAAUGGAAUCUUUUCUGUUUAUGCUGGAAAAGACUUAGGAAUGUUAAGUUUAGGUCAAUAUGAUAAUAAAAUAGAUAUUAGGUAAAAUAAAUAAGUAUUUGGAUUCUUUGAUAAAAUAGAAAAUACAGAUUUUAUAUUUUUAAAAUUUGACUUAAUUAAAUCACUUAAUAGUAAAAUAUAAAAUGCCUUAUAUACAAUAAGAGUCUAUUAUGUAGAUGAGUAAGAUGAAAUCCCUUAUGAUUAAUUCUUCCCAGGACUUUAGGGCUAUUUAACACCUAAUAUCACAGACAAUCAUGAUGAUACUUUAACAUUAUUUAUUGAAUUUGCACCUUUAUAAUUCAUUAAAAAAAAUCAAACAGAAAUUUUUGAAAUGAAAUAAAUUGAAUAUUUUGUUAUAUUACAAGAAAAAAAUGAGGAUGAUGAUUUACUACUUGAUUAUUGUUCUGAACCAUCCAAUUAAAUUAGUGUUAUUAAAAAUUAUACUGAUAAUGAAACAUCACUAUAGAUUUAAGUACCUCUUUCAAAUUUGAAAUGGAAAUAAUAGAGAAACUUUGUUUUUACUAUUUUAGCUACUGGUAAUUUAUAUUAUUUUAUAUAUUAUUAGUGGAUGUUUUAUUAUAUAAAGAUGAAUAAAAAAUUUAAUUAGACUAUUAUUAUGAAAUAAAUUAAAUUAAAUGGAAUUAAUAAUAAAUAAUGAUCUAAGAGAGUAGUAUAUCAUUUAAUUAUUAAUGGAUUGGAAUAUGUAUUGUAAUGAUCAUUUUGAUUAUUGCUCUAAUAUUAUUUGUCAAAAUGAGAAGAAAUAUAAUUAUGUAAAUAAUUAAUGUAAUAAUUAAGAUCAAAAUAUGAGAAUAAUGAGAUUAGUAACUAAUAAACUGAGGGAAUAGAAAUGCAUUAUCGUGGAUUAAAUGAAUGA